AUGAAGACAGUCUGCACACUGGGGACUCCAGCGAAUGAAUGGGAUUUUUUCAGCAGCAGUACAAGAAAUCUCACUUUUAACACUGGCUCUAUAAACCAGCAUAAUGAGCAGUCAGCGACUGGAGAGAUUCAUUGGUUUUUGGACGUUAGUUUUCAUAAGGAUAGUUACUGGGCUUUCUGGAGAGGGAAGAUCUGUGUGGAAAAAGGACCCCAACUUCAGCCCUGUGAGUGAAACACAGAUGUUUUUGUAUGACACUUUCCCCAAAGAGUUUCUCUGGGGUGUAGGGACGGGGUCUUUCCAGGUUGAAGGCAGCUGGAGGAAGGACGGGAAAGGCUCCUCCAUCUGGGACCACUUCAUCUACUCAGAGUUCAGGGCUGCUAACAGCACAGAUGCCUCCGGUGACAGUUACACCUUGUUGGACAAAGACUUGUCUGCUCUGGAUUUUUUGGGUGUUACUUUUUACCAGUUUUCAAUUUCAUGGUCAAGGCUUUUUCCCACUGGAGUGGUAGCAGCUCCCAAUGAAAAAGGACUCCGGUAUUAUAACACCCUUAUUGACUCUCUACUCUACAGAAACAUUGACCCUGUGGUUACGCUGUACCACUGGGACCUGCCCUUAACGCUGCAGGAAAAAUACGGGGGAUGGAAAAAUGAAUCACUAAUUGAUAUCUUCAAUGACUAUGCCACCUUUUGCUUCCAGACCUUUGGGGAUCGUGUUAAGUAUUGGAUUACAAUCCACAAUCCAUAUUUAGUUGCUUGGCAUGGGUACGGCACAGGUAUUCAUGCUCCUGGAGAGAAAGGGAAAAUAGCCACCGUCUACUCUGUAGGACACAAUUUGAUCAAGGCUCAUGCAAAAGUUUGGCACAACUACAAAACCCACUUUCAACCAUACCAGAAGGGGAUGAUGUCCAUAGUACUAGGAUCCCACUGGAUUGAACCUAACAAAUCAGAAGAUGCUUUGGACAUUGCUAAAUGUCAGCAAUCCAUGGACAGAGUUCUCGGAUGGUUUGCUAAACCCAUCCAUGGGGAUGGUGAUUAUCCAGAAGAACUGAAAAGUGAAUUCUCAUUUUUGCCACACUUUACUGAGGAUGAAAAGAACUACAUAAAGGGAACAGCUGACUUCUUUGCAUUUUCCUUCGGUCCUAAUAACUUUAAACCUCCAAACACUCUACCAAAAAUGGGACAACAUUUGUCACUCAAUUUGAGGGAAGUACUGAACUGGAUUAAACUGGAAUACAACAGCCCUCGAAUCCUGAUUGCAGAGAAUGGCUGGUUCACUGACAGCCAUGUGAAAACAGAUGACACCACAGCCAUCUACAUGAUGAAAAACUUCAUUAAUAAGGUUUUACAAGCUAUUAAAUAUGAUAACAUAGACGUGUUUGGUUACACAGCCUGGUCACUCCUUGAUGGCUUUGAAUGGCAACAUGCUUACAACAUCAGGCGCGGAUUGUUUUAUGUGGAUUUCAAAAGUGAAAAAAAGGAAAGGAUUCCCAAGUCAUCUGCACUUCAUUAUAAACAAAUCAUACAAGAAAAUGGCUUCUUCCCAAGGGAGUCUACCCCAAGCUUGCAAGCUCAAUUCUCAUGUGACUUCUCCUGGGGUAUCACCGAGUCUGUUCUCAAGGCAGAGUCUGUGGCUUCCUCACCGCAGUUCUGUGAUUCCAGCCUGUACCUCUGGAACGUCACAGGAGACGGGCUCCUACACAAAGUUAAAGGGGUGAAGCUAAAAACACGACCAGCACAGUGCACAGAUUUUGUCAGUAUUAAAAAGCAACUUGACCUCCUGGAAAAAAUGAAAGUCACCCAUUACAGAUUUGCACUUGACUGGUCGCUCAUUUUACCCAAUGGAGAUUUGUCAGUGGUCAACAGGCAAGUUCUUAGGUAUUACAGAUGCGUGAUUAGCGAAGUACUGAAACUCAACAUUCAAUCCAUGGUCACCUUGUAUUAUCCAACUCAUGCCUACCUAGGCCUGCCAGCUCCAUUGCUGCAGACAGGAGGAUGGUUGAACCAGUCUACUGCCUAUGCUUUUCAAGACUAUGCAGCUCUGUGUUUUCAGGAACUUGGUGAUUUGGUUAAACUCUGGAUUACAAUAAAUGAGCCUAACCGGCUAAGUGAUGUCUACAACAGGAGCAGCAAUGACACAUACCGGGCAGCACACAAUUUACUAAUAGCACAUGCCAUGGCCUGGAGAAUAUACGAUGAGCAGUACCGGUCCUUUCAGUAUGGCAAAGUGUCUCUGUCCCUGCAUUCGGACUGGGCUGAGCCUGCCAACCCCUACUCUGAAUCCCAUUCAGAAGCUGCCAACAGGUUUCUUCAGUUCGAAAUAGGCUGGUUUGCCAACCCCAUAUUUAAAACUGGGGACUAUCCAGCUACUAUGAGGGAAUACAUCAGCUCUAAAAACAGAAAUGGCCUCUCAUACUCUUUGUUGCCAUCCUUCACAAGCAAGGAAAAGCAGCUCAUCAAAGGUGCAGCGGACUUCUACGCCCUGAAUCAUUUCACCACCAGGUUUGUGGUUCACGAACCUCAGAAUGGGAGCCGGUAUGAAUUUGAUCGUGACAUUCAAUUUCUGCAGGAUAUCACCUGCCUGAGCUCCCCUUCUCGUCUGGCAGUGGUGCCUUGGGGACUACGCAAAGUUCUCAGGUGGAUUAAAAACACCUAUGGCAACAUCGAUAUUUACAUCACAGCAAAUGGAAUAGAUGACCAGUCCUUAGACAAUGAUGAACUGCGAAAUUAUUACUUGGGAAAAUACGUACAAGAGGUUUUAAAAGCAUACUACAUCGAUAAAGUCAAGAUUAAAGGCUACUAUGCAUUUAAGAUGACUGAAGAAAAAUCUAAACCCAGAUUUGGAUUCUUCACUUCAGAUUCAAAGGGGAAGCCUUCAAUAAAAUUCUACAAUAACCUUAUAAGCAACAAUGGCUUUCCUGCUGACCUGCGGUUUUCAGCCUGUGACCCUUCCAGACAAGAAAAGCAGUGUAGCUUCUGCUUGUUCAUCUCUCAGAAGAAGCCAUUAAUAUUCUUUACCUGCUGCCUUUUCUCUACCCUUAUCUUGCUUUUAACCAUUAUUUUUUUUCACAAAAGAAAAAGAAGAAAGCGUUUUAAAGCAAAAACCAUCUGGUGA